CUUGGGCACAUCCUUGGCCGACCUCUGGGUGUCAGGGACGUCACCCUGGAGUGAGAGGAGGGAAGGGAGGAAGGAGCCUGGAAGUGAGCGCGUUUGAGCUUUUCCCGAGCUCCAGUCACCCCAGCUCUGACCUCCUCCGCCUGGCUCGCACUGUCGCCACCGCCCACCUGGGCGCCUAGGACUGCUGCGGCCGUGGGUGCCAGCUCCCCCGGCCUCACUGGGCGGCUACGAGUAGAGUUCUCUGGGUCCCUAUUCUUCCCUUCCCCCGCGCCGCCCUCUGUCCCUUGGUGCCAGACUGGCUGGUUCCCUGCCCUUUGGGUCGGUGCGCGCUGGUGGGUUUGGCCUGCGCGGCGACGGCGGCGGCGGCGGCGGCGGCGGCGGGGGAGCGAGUGAGCGAGCGCAAGGGGCGGGCGCGAGUGCUUGUGAGUCACCGGUACCUGGAGCGCUAGCGACGCAGAGCCAGCGGCGCACAGCCCGAGCAGGAGCCUAGUGCCAGCGUCGCCGAGCGCGGCCUGCCCCAGGCCCCGCCGCGCCCCCUUGCACCUCGCCAGGCCAGUUCGCCAGAGCCUGAAGCCCUUCUGCCAGCCCGGAGGUGGCGCGGGGCUCUCCGGGGGAUGUCACAGCGGCUCCUCGGAGCCCCCAGUCACCGCCGCAGCAACAGCCACCGCCCGCGGGAACCGCGACAAUGAAUCCCCAGUGCGCCCGCUGCGGAAAAGUGGUGUAUCCCACGGAGAAAGUCAACUGCCUGGAUAAGUAUUGGCAUAAAGGAUGCUUUCACUGUGAGGUUUGCAAGAUGGCUCUCAACAUGAACAACUACAAAGGCUAUGAGAAGAAGCCCUAUUGCAACGCACACUACCCAAAGCAGUCCUUCACCACGGUGGCGGACACACCUGAAAACCUGCGUCUGAAGCAACAAAGUGAACUGCAGAGCCAGGUCAAGUACAAACGAGAUUUUGAAGAGAGCAGAGGCAGAGGAUUCAGCAUCGUCACGGAUACUCCUGAGCUGCAGAGGCUGAAGAGGACCCAGGAGCAGAUCAGUAACAGACAGAGUUGACUUUUAGGAGCUGAUGCUAUUCAUCGGGUCCCAUGGUUUUUCUCAUGACUUGACUGCCUAUAGCGAAUAGUAAGGACAGUCACCUCCAUUCUUUUCCCAUCCGUCCUUCCCUCAAGUCAAAACCCAUUCUUACUUUACAAACACAAACCAGAGAUGCUCUUCAAUGACAGUUCUGCUCAGAGUUUUAAAAUGCUAUGUCAGCUGCAGUUCCCAAUGCUUGACUAGCAUAGACAUUUAUUUCUGGAAGAACUAAGCCAACUCUACGUGAGACCAUCCAUGUGAAGGAUAGCACGGGGGUUACAGUUCACUCAAAGGUGAGCCUUUUCAUUUAUCUUCAAAUUAAGUCAAUGUUCAUAAGUAAUUGGAAAAUAACUGAUCUUCUCACCCAAUUUAUCCUUAGCAGGAGUUUACUUUACAUGCAAUGCCAGAGGUCGUUUGCAGAUCCAUUCUUAACUAUGCAAAACCCCUUAUGAUGCAGGUAUGUAUUAAUCUAUAAUUACCGUGUUCGUAGCAGUCUAUACAAAACAGCAGUAAGAUAUAGCCUCUGAGAUAGACGACGGUCAGUUGCAAAAGCAUCUCAUUUAGACCACAGCUAAGCCACUCCUCUCUUGCUUUCUCUUGGUGUUAGGUACCUUAGGAAUCACAGUAGUAGUUCAUUGAGCCAUGAUGGGGCCUAUCAAUGCUUGGGUUGCAGUAAAGAACAGAUUCCACAAUACUUCUGUUAAGACUGCUCCUGAAGAAGGGGACCUACCAAGC